CUUGGGCAUCUGUGAAUCUCUUCCCUGGCGGUCUCCGUCUAGCAAGUUUAUUUCGGAAGCUGAAUUCACAAGAAGUCUCCCCACUAGAGAGUAACGGUGGUGAAGCACUCACACCUGGUCUUAAAUACUGUCCUACCAUGUACCAGUUUUGAGAUUCUGUAGACAAUGGGAAGCAAAGGAGGGUUCACCCUGCUCGGGCUCUUGAUCAUCCUUUCUGUCCUCUGUGAUUCAGGUCAUAGCCUGCGGUGCUACAACUGUCCCAACGCUGUUGGUGCGUGCACUGUCGCCACCAACUGUACCGCUAAUGAGGAUGCAUGUCUCUACGUCAAAGCCGGAUCUAGGAAGUGGUGGACAGAGGAAAGAAACAGCAAAGCCGUGCCCUCUUCUGUUCUUGGUGGAUAUGGUUCUGGGUUGAAUCUAUGUGUGGAAAUGAUACUGGCCAGGAACAGCUAUUUCUGGGUCUCCUUAGACACACGGACAGUCUACCGGUGUUGGAAGUUUGAGAACUGCAAGUACAAAGACGUCGAAAAAGUAUACAGAGGGAGCCAUCUAAAGUACGAAUGCUGCCAGAAGGACCUGUGUAACAGAAGCGGUGGGACGAGCAUAACGGUCACCAUGGCUCUGCUGGUGGCUCCGCUGCUCACAGCAUUCUGGAGACUUCUUAUCUAAAUCAAUACCAGGAGAGAGUCUCCUAACUCCCUGCUUCUGUGUAUUCCUUCUCUCCUUUGCUGCCACAAAAGCUUUCUAUUUUCUUACUGGAUCCUGUUGGGAGAGACCGAAACUAGCUUGAGCAACUUGGAUAAGAGAGAGGGAGAGACCUGGAAAACCAGUCCUGUGUGCAGAGAAGGCCCCUCUGAGGGAAGACGUUUAGGAGUGAAGCACGUGCCAUGACAGCUAGGUUAGUUCCGUGCUGCCUCCUCUGCUCGGUGCCGCAAUAGCUUGACUAGAUUCUCUGCAAUCGUCAGUUGUUUCCCCGCUUGUUUCUUGGAUGAUCGGUGCUUUUGGGGGGCGGGGGUGAUGGAGGAGAGGGGUUCUUUUCACCAGUGUCUCUCACAGGGGAUGCUUUCAUCCCCUCCUUCUAUGGCCCCUGUGUUGCCACGUAGGCAUGAGGAAUGUUCCAGAUGUGGGCUGUCAGGGGCAACGGGAUUCUAAGUGCAGAGUGAUUGGAAUGACAUAUUCUCAACUAGAAGGUGUCUGGCAGAGUAGGAGGUAAGCUUUCCAGGUGGCAGGGCAUAGAGGCACCAGGUCUGCCCUUUAGAGAGGUACCAGUGGCUGAAAUCUGAAUUUUCUUCUUUUCCUAAAAUUUGUAUGGGCUUUGCUGUCUUUCCCUAAAAACAACUUAAACACGUCAGUUAAUGGUGUGUUAAAGCCAUUCCCCUCCCCUUUUCAUUGGAGUGAUGACAUAUUUUCACUUUGUCACACAGUUCAAGACUAAAUAUUUGGACAUUCUUUGCGACAAGUGAUUUACAGUAUCGUGCUGCUUAUUUUGAGUAUUAUCAGUGGGAAAACCCUCGUGUGUGUGUAUUGGGAGAAUGCAAUGGGAACAUGUCACCUCGAACAGCAGCAGGCCCACAGGGAUGUUCUACCUGCUGACACAAGGCCUGUUGACUGCUAGCUGCCGUGGCACAGAUCAUGCGAUGUUCGUUUGUAAAGGCUGUUAGCAUCCUCACAAAUGUCAAGAUUUUGAGAGCUCUACCAGUUUCCUAAAGAGAGACCCCUUCUCAGGAGGCAGAGUUUUGCCUUUUGUGUGGGGGGGGGCUGGUGAAUAAUUCUCAAGAUCUGGUAGAUUUAGUAACAUUUAUAUUCUUAUAACCUUGUCUGCUUUUAACAGCAUAGCCUGACUUGCCAAUGAAAGUGAGAUUUCUUGAUUAACAUUUUAAAAAAAGCCUUGAUUAUGUAAUCUGUGUGAUAAAGCGGGAAUGAAUAAUGCCUUUUUGAAAAUAAAAUAUAAUCAAAUGCAUGCGUGUGGUCAUUGGGCCCAGAAGGAUAGCAGCAUAUGCAACAUGCCCAGUGACGAGAGGGCGUGGGCAGUGCCAGUUUUCUCCUGUUGAUGCCACAGACAAAUAAAGACUUCCUCAUCCAAACCU